AUGCAUGAUGUAUUCGGCUGUUUAUGGUUCGACAAAACCAAUCAAACGAACUACCGUGUAGAAUAUCGAAAACUGGAAGCGAAAAUCAAAUCAGCUAAAUAUAUUACCGACGAAUAUAGGCUAAUAAAAACGAUACAAUUGUAUAAAUCAUCAACAAACUUGUUUAUUAUAUUACCAGAUUCAACAGAUCUAAUUGAUAUCCUCAAUUCUGUUCAUUCGUUUACACAAGUGUAUGCUAUUUACAUAUUAACUUCAUGUGCAACAGAUAGACAGGAACUGUUAUCAUCUGAACAAUAUUCGAAAAUUAUUGCUUUAUUUCAUCAGCCACAACAGUUAUUUAUACAGAUCCUCCAUGAUAUCGCAAUUGAAUUAAUUCAUGUUAGUAACGAUUACAAAACAGAGCAUAAAUAUAAACUGGCAACAAUUUUACAUGAUUAUUCUACAGAACUGUUGUUAACAAUGAAAGAAUUAAUAACAGAACGGCUUAAAGAAAUUGAUCCAUAA